UUUUUUUUUACUUUUCAUUAUGACAUUAUCAAUUCACAGUUGUGAAUUACAUGACUUUGACAUGAUCAAUUACAUGUAAAAAUGGAGACAAAAGUCAACACAACAUUCAUGAGUAAGUAACACCUUUACCAAUAAGAAAUAGUCACAUAAUUUAUAUAAAUAUCAACAUUUGAGGAAUUUUUACACAAACAAAUCUAUACUAAAAUGGUAAUUCUAAGUGCAAUAAAAGUAGAGAACACUGAGACAGUUAUUUGGCGGUUGGAAUUAGGUUUUUUCACGGAAUUAAAAAAACUGUGUCAUUGUUCGCUGCUUCUAUCGCACAUUGAACUACCAUUUUAGUAUAGAUUUGUUCCCGAGAAAAUUCUUCAAAUCUUGAUAUAAGGUAUGUGACAAUUCAUUAUUGAUAAAGGUGUUACUUGCUCAUUUGAAUUUUCCCUUGUUCACUUUUGUGGCCAUUUUUCCGUGUGAUUGAUCAUGUCAAAGUCACAGGUUUCGCCACCGUGCAAUUGUUUAAUCAAUUCAACACAUCCACAAAAAAUUUAAAUAUAGUGUACAUAUUAAAUAUAUCAGAAGAAUAUAAACAUCCUUAUUUUAUCAAUUUAAUAACUGGAAAUUCAAAACAUCAAUAAAGAUAUUGUACAUAUUAGAAGAUGUAGCCAUUUGGAAAAUUCCAUUGUUUUAUCAGAACUUGUACGAUCAUUGAUUAACAGGAAAUUCAACACAACAAUGAAAUGACUAUUCACAUCACAUCAGAAAAAAUAUUGGAAAAUUCCGUUAUUUUAUCAGUCGUAUAAUUAUUUAAUAAUGGGGAAAUUCAACACAUCAAUGAAAUUACUAUACACAUCAUAUCAGAAGAAAAUAUAGCCAUUUGGAAAAUUCCAUUAUUUUCCAUUCAUAUAUUAAUCAGUCUCUAAAAGUGCAAUACGUCUGGGGUUUAUUCCAAUGAUGUGUCCUAUAGUGUCCCACACAGCUAGUUCUUUUUUCUUCAAUAGAAUGGAUGCAGGACCCUCAACCUUGACAAGGCAAGAACCAGACUUGUCAAUUUCAAUAUCUCCAGCAAAAUGUUCAGAAAGGGUUGAGACACAUUUAAUUUCAACUUUGGCCACUUCAAACGGAACACAAAAAAACUUGAGACAGUCUAUCAGUAACUCUGUUCGUAAUAUAUACUGAAAACUACUGAUUUCUGGCAUCAUUUGGAUAACUAGUUCAAUGGAUGAAGCUUCAUGCAUGUUUGAAAUAUUUUCUAUAUAUUCCGUGGCUGCAGAUGUUAAGCGUCUGAUUUUUUUCUUCCGCCACCUCUUGUUCAGAUCCAGCGGUCUAUUGCUGGUAUUGCUACAAGUCAUUUCAGUGUCACUGUUUGAUUUUAGAAUCCCGCUACUGAUUGUAUUUUCCAGGCUUUUUUGUCUGAUAUACCAUGCUUGAAUGUCUAACCAACACAUUGGAGCUUUAGUGUCAACUUCUGUUCUCAAGUAUGAAUCGGAUGCGCUAGCAUUUACCUUUAUUGGCAAGUACUUUGGGUAUAACUUGUGAAAACAUUUCUCUGCUUGCCAAUUUCUUUUACACUCGGAGUUAGAUAUUUUUAUCUGGGCCAUUUCCAAAUCCAAAGUCGUGUUCUGGAGUGGGAGAAAGUUAAUUACAGCAUACUGGAUGUUGCCUUCACUCUCUUUUGAAAGGUGUGAGACUAUCUGUUCAGUGACAAAUGGAGAUUUUACCAAAACGACGUAUUUUGUUAUAAGUUCAAUAUGGUUGUGUUCCACGCCAUCCACAGAAAAUGUUGUCAGAAUAUUUUGUCGGAAUCUGAUGAAAAGGGAAUGGAAAGCACAAUUGAUUGUGUGGUUUUUGAAGGAAAUCACACUCUUAAAAAUCUUAUCAGAUGCCUUGUCCUUGAAUAUUACCGUGAGAGGUUGUAAUCGUUUACAGAAGACCCUCACAAAUUUUGAAACUCGUUUCUUGUACUUCUCUGUUUUUCCAACGGUCAAUUCUGACAUCCUUUUACUUUCAUUUUCGAAUAUCAGCACGUGUGUUUAUUUACAGAAUGUAUUGUCAGAAUCAGCAAAACGCUUGUCGAAAGAACCUGCACGAAACAUGUUAAAGCGUUUUUAUCACUCGGAAGAAAAUAUGGCGACAGUCAGUGAGCCCAUGUGUGAGGAAACAGGCAAAGUGUCAUCUGUGACAAUAAAGGAGGGUGAUCAAGUGCUAUUAAAGAAAGGAAAGGCAGUCCGCAUUUUCCAAAUUCGAAAGAAACGAGAUAUCUGGUUGGACAAGAUUAAGUUCACUCUUGAUGGCGCCAUUGGUCAUUUUUAUGGAUCUACUUUUGAAGUCAAGAAUGGCAAGAUGAUUAAAAUACAGAAAACAUUCAAGGAAGCAGAAGUGUUAGGUGCUGAGAAAGGAAUUGAUAACCGGGAUUUACACGACCUGGACAGCAAUCAGAAGUUAUCACGAGAAGACAUCGAGAAAAUGAAAAAAGAGGGGACAAAGGGAGAGAAAAUCAUAGAGCAGUUGAUAGAAAACAGUACGACGUUUAAAGGGAAGACCGAGUACGCCCAGGAGAAGUGGGUCAAAAAGAAAAAGCAGAAACAUGUUUCUGAGUUCACGGUCCUUAAACCAAACACUAGGUUAAUGUGCCAGAUGUACCACGAGAAGUCUCCAGCAAAAAUUCUUCAUAUGAGGAUGGACACUCUUGCGCAAAUUCUGAGUUACGGAAACGUCCACGCCUACUCCAAUGUAGCAGUGGUUGACACGUGUUCAGGGCUUGUAGUGGGGGCUGUGCUAGAAAGGCUAGGAGGAUUUGGAAAAGUAAUUCACUUCCAUCCAGGGGACAGACCAGUGAGACCAAUAGUGGAGUAUCUAGACUUUCCUAAGGAGUUCAUGGACAAUUUGUACAAUAUUCCAUUUUGUGAAAUUGACUCGUUAAAAGGAAAUGGUUUGGAAGAAACAAGCAGUGACACUCAGAGUAACAAUCUCCCAGUAGAAUCUCCUCGGUGUGAUGGGGAGGGUGGUCAUUCUUCACAGACAAAUGGGAAAAACAAGGGAGACAACGAGGCAGUAAUGGAAGUUUGUGAUCAAAGUACAGAGUCAACCCAAAAUACGAAUAUAGAGGGUGAGGAAUCAGGCAGCCCAGGCCCAGCAAAAAAAAAGAUGAAAACAGAGUUAUCAGCCCGAGAAGCAAAUAAAGUUUUGUACAGCAAAAGAUUACUCGAGGCCAAAGAACUCUUGCUUUCACAUGAUAUUGAUUGUUUAAUCGUAGCCAGCAAAUUCAACCCUACCCCUCUAGUCACUACCCUAAUAGAAUAUGUGGCUCCGUCCAGACCGAUAGUGGUGUACAACCAGUAUCAACAGGCAGUGAUGGAUGCUUAUGGAUAUCUGAGAGAGAUUGGGUGUUUAGUGAAUUACAGAGUGUCUGAGACAUGGCUCAGGGAAUAUCAGAUUCUGCCCAUGAGAACCCAUCCCGAGAUUCAGAUGAGUGCAGCAGGAGGCUAUCUUCUCACCGGGACAACAAUAGCCAAGUGAUGCCCACAGAUGACCAUAGCCCAGCCCACAGAUGACCAUAGCCCAGUAAUGCCCUCAGCCAGUACUGGUGCAAAGUCAGGCAUUGUUAUCAGUUAUUAUAAUAAAGUGUUACAUGUACUAUU